CCUGCCUGGGCCGCGAGUGGUCCUGCCUCUUCAGCGGCCCCUGAACAUCAGCUCACCUAGGGGCCUCUGAGGGGCUGGCUGGGAGGCGGUGCGUGGGCCCCGGAGGAAGCCCGGGCGGGGGCGGGGGCGGGGCGUGCACGUACGCGACUCGAUGAGAACAGUCCCUGGAGCCGCGCCCAGCACCUUGUUGCGCGGUUUGUUUACGUCUCCCGGUGGCCUGCGUGCGCGCGUGUGUUCUCUGGGGAGAGCCCUGGGCUCUGCGGACUACGUGCACACGGUGUACUUCGCGUUGUGUGUGUGUGUGUGUGGCCGCACGCGCUCCCUGGAGACUGAUACUAGCCCAGUGUAUGUUGAAGUGGGUGCGCACCGGUGUCCACUGGAGCAAAUGCGGAAUAAGGACCCGAGGGAAGGAAGUAGCCCGGUCGGUGGUCACACCAGGCCUCCAGCCCUGAAGGCACCUUCUGCGAAAAUGUCCGUGGAUCCCUUAUCCAGCAAAGCCCUGAAGGUCAAGCGCGAGCUGAGCGAGAACACGCCGCACCUGUCGGAUGAGGCGCUGAUGGGGCUGUCGGUGCGCGAGCUCAACCGCAACUUGCGCGGGCUGUCGGCGGAGGAGGUGACGCGGCUGAAGCAGCGGCGUCGCACACUCAAGAACCGCGGCUACGCGGCCAGCUGCCGUGUGAAGCGCGUGUGCCAGAAGGAGGAGCUGCAGAAGCAGAAGUCCGAGCUGGAGCGCGAGGUGGACAAGCUGGCGCGCGAGAACGCCGCCAUGCGUCUGGAGCUCGACGCGCUGCGCGGCAAGUGCGAAGCGCUGCAGGGCUUCGCGCGCUCGGUAGCCGCCGCCCGCGGGCCCGCAGCACUGGUGGCGCCGGCUAGCGUCAUCACCAUUGUCAAGUCCGUGCCAGGCCCCUCCCCUGCUCCUGACCCCGCCCCCUGCUCCUAGUGCCCGCUCCCACCCAACACCACCUCUCGGAACCCACUCCCGUCCUAAAGAGCCUGAGUGCCUUCUGCUCCCUGUCCCUUUUCUCUGCCACGGCUACCCGUUGUAGUGAUUACACAUUCCUUUCCUGGGCUCUAACUAUUGCAGGCCCCCAGACUGGACCUGAUGGCCCUGGGGCAACUUUGCUAAGUUGGGGGGAGGGGGGAUGCGUUGGGGUUCUUGGUUUCCCUGGGCUGAAAGUCCUUUUCAGAGUGGAAGAGAGGGCUGGAGAAAUGGCCCGGAGGAGCGCUGUUGGGAGAGGAUUCGGAUUGUGUCAGUAUGGGCUUCCGACCCUCCCAGGACUCAGGACUAGGUGUGGCCUUGUGAGACUGCCCAGCUGGGAAGCAGAACUCAGUGACCUCCCAACUGUGCGUGGGACUUGGGAAUGUCAGGCUUUCCCUAGCUAAGAAUGAGUCUUUGGAACGGAUCAAUGAAGCUCAGUUGACACAAGGGGAAAGCUGUCAAGCAAGACGCCCUAAGGGCACUGAACACUGAAUAGUUGAGCUGCAAACCCAAGUGGGGCCUUAAUGAACAUUCCAAGCAUGGCUUUCAUAGGGGGAACAGUACACAGGAACUGAACAACGUGGUAGGCGAGCCUCCCUGGCCUGGGAGACAGCUGUCUGUGUAGUGGGAAAAGAGAAGCUGAAGGAGAGAGGAGGUGACAAAGGGAUGAGGUGAGGGGCUGGCCAGCCAGAGACGGGCCGACAGAGAUGAUGACCACUGUGGCAGAGACAGACACUACAGUCCUGAUGCGGGAAAGGGGUGGGGGUGGGGUGACUUGGAAUUAAGGCUUCCGCUUUGGUCCCGAGUAUCUGUGGUGGUUCUGGGGGGCUGACCACUGUUCCCCCUGGGAAGUCCAGCCCUAGCACCUUCCCAACACUGUAGACAGCUGAUUCUUCCACACUUAUUUAUUGCACGAAUCUAAGUUAUUCUCACCAGCCAGAGUCCGGCUCUUCUUCCCUGGGAAAUACGUGGGCGCCGAGCUGGACUUAUAUUUUAUAUCUACAAAUAAGUCGCAUUUAAUCUUAUAUUUAGGGAAAGCUGGACGGCAAUAAUUGUUUUUUUUUUUUUAAAUUGCCCAGCUCCCAGAGUUUAUUUAUUUUCUGACUUCAAGUGAGCCAGUUAUCUGUCUUGAGUAUUUUGUAGACUUUCUGAAUAAAGUCAAGUUCUCUUUUUCCACAAGAGAAGUGCA